AUUUAUUCCUCUGCAGCUGGUGUUGGAGUGUUGACGAAAAGCCAGAGACAGUUGGCCUCCCCUACAAUUUAAAAAAGAAAAAGUUUAUCUUUAAAAUUAUGGUAGAUAUACAGAAUUCUACCUGACAACAGCAAUGGACUAAAUUCUGAUUGGGUUGGUUGUUUGUUUUUUUUAACCCCAGGGAGGCGAAGCCGUUUCAAGCCUACCUUGGCUUUGAUCUCACAGUAAUAUACCUUUAAUGUCGGGUCACGCCUGCUGCGAGGCUCGCAGGAAUUACACAUGUAAUUACACAGUUUAAAGGCAAACAUGAGGCGAUUGGUUGUCAUAUAUAUUUGGCUCGUUUGGGAUGUUCAACGUGUCCUCGGUGUUGGUUGGACGGACGGACCGACCCCCAGACUUCUGAGCAACGGUACAGUCAGUGUUGUAUUUGAAUACGAAGAAUAUCAGAAACACCUUGUGUUCUUCCAACAUGAGAACUCCACAGAGAUGUAUGUGGGGGGGACUGACUUUGUGUUAAGACUUGACACGGAUGACUAUCACAUCAAGGAGAUAUUAACUCUGAAAACUACAGGGAAUCAGCUGUGCGAAAAGGGCCCCUGUGAAAAUGUCAUCACGGUCAUUGAAAAGUUCUAUGACGGCCUGUUUGUCUGUGGAACGAACGGACACAAACCACAGUGUUGGAAACUGUUGCCAUCGGUGAACAAUCAGUCUCAUGAAAUAGUGGAGAGUUAUGAGGGGACGGGCAUCUCUCCGCUCAUGUACACCCAGAACUCCCUGUCGCUCACAGUAGAUGGGGACUUAUAUGCAGCAGCACCUAUGGACAGUGACAGAAGGUCAUUACAGUUCAGAAGGAGAGCUGGCAGAAGAAAUAAUGUGUGGAUGUAUGAAAACUGGCUCUCAGAGCCAACGCUCAUCUCUGUAUCCUGGGUGAAGCAAAACGAAGACCCCGACAACGAGAAAAUUUACUUAUUUUUCCGUGAAAAUAACUCAGACCAUAGACCAGAUGCUGACCCCUGGAUAUCCAAGGUGGCCAGAGUUUGUAAGGUAGAUAAAGGCGGAUCCAAAAGAUUCUUUCAGAACAUGUGGACAUCUUUUCUCAAGGCCCGUCUCGUCUGUGGAUUUCCGGAGGAGUCGCUGUAUUUCAACCAUCUCCAAGACAUUUAUGUGACACCAGACGAUGACUGGCAGAAGACUCGAGUUUAUGCCCUUUUCUCAAGCAGCUGGAACUUUACAGCAGUUUGCAUCUAUUCUGUAGGAAUGAUCGAAAAAAUAUUUGAGAGCUCGACUUUCAAAGGCUACAGCGAAAACAUUCCCAACCCAAGGCCGGGAAAAUGUGUCAAAGACAGCAUGAACCUGCCACGGACCACAAUCACUGUGGUUAAGGAUAACCCAGAAAUGACUGACUGGGUUCACUCUGUGCACUACACGGCUCCAUUUUAUACAAGCAGCAUCAAAUACACCAGGAUAGCUGUGGACCAAGUUCAAGCAGUGGACCAUGUGUACAACGUCCUGCUUUUAGCCACAGAUUCUGGGAAGAUCCAUAAAAUCCUAGAGGCUGGAUCUGAAGCUUUCAUCAUCUCUGAAACACAACUCUCCUACAAUUCCACUCUGCAAUCAAUGAAACUUGACUCCAAACAGAAAAAGUUAGUCGUGGGGUUCUCUGAGAAAAUCUCCAUCAUGGACCUGCGGACGUGUCAGGACUACAACAACUCCUGUGCGGAUUGUGUUUUGGCCCGGGACCCAUACUGUGCCUGGACUGAGGUUGGAUGCACUCCGACUGUUCCUGGGGGCAUUCAAAAUGUCUUGGAUGGGCAAAUAACUGUGUGCUCUCUAUCAGCAGAAGAAAUGCAAGUUAACCAGACCAAACAGGAGACUGAUUCAUCAACACCAGUUCAUUCAGUUCCCCUGGGUGUCCCCUUCUACCUGUCAUGUCCUAUAGACUCUUAUCAUGCCGUCUACACCUGGGAGCACAGAAACCUGAGCAGCCCUUGUCUCCAAAUGCAGUCGAACUGCCUGCACCUCAUCCCUGCAAUGGCACAAGAGAACUAUGGCAUCUACGAGUGUGUUUCCAGAGAGAAAGACUACACUAAAGUGGUGAAACAAUAUCAGCUUUCACAGCAAACGAUCGCAAAGACUAAAAUGGAAAGCAAUACCCCUUCUAGUAUAAAUUAUGCAUCAGCUGCUGUGUCACAGACACUUCUUGUGAUUCUUGGGCUGUCUGUGGCUUUUUCUAAUCUGUAGGAUUGUUUAAACUUCAUUCAUGUCUGAAAUGUGGCAUCAACAUUGACUCUGCUAAUGCAAUUCAGGCCAUGAUGCCGGUAGCACUGAAGGAAAUCCACUGAAGCAUCAACAAAGCUCAAACUGGAACAGCCCCGCUGUGAAUUUCCAACCUUAGCGCAACCGGUUGGUUGGUUGACAUUGUUGGUCACCUUGGUUUUUUUGGCAGAAAAUGUAGGUUUCAAGUAGCCAAGUUAAGUGGAUUUUUUUUCAAGAGAACCCAGGACAGGAUGAGGUUGGUGUGAUGGAGGAGAAAGCAACACAAUUUGGCAGCAGCAGUAUGCAGCUUUCAUUUUAGGGGCCCCAAUGAUGCCGAUUGCAUAGAUCUUGACUUGAGCGUGAAGCGUGACACACUGCAAUCUUCUAAGACUAGAAAAAAACUGACGGCGUAAGAAGUCAUCUUGGUUUUAGAAAAGUUGCAGCUGUGUAUGACUUGUGACACCAAGCACAAAAUCAAAUUGUUGCGGUUAUGAGUGAAAAAGCUUCCAGUCAGACACCCACAGACAUACUAUACAGUAAGUGGGUGUGGCAGGUCUUGCUCAUGUUGAUGCCAGUAUGUGGCCCUUUGGUUCACCAGCGCUCAGGGAAAUCCAUUGUUCCUGUGGUAAUUUCCUCUGUGCCUCACUUUAGGGAAGGGUGGAGCCACCCAGAUAUUAUCCUGGUAAGUCUCCGUUUUGUUCGACCCCUCACACUGUUUUAUACCAGGGAGCUGCUUGUAAAAAAUUAUAAUGAAAAGACACAAGAAAGAGAUGUUUUACAUUUUUAAGGCACCUUAUUUAAUUUGCACAUCAAUUCUGGCCAUAGCAUCUAAAUGUCUUUUCAUUCUCUUUACAUAAGAAACGUGGAGCAAUAGGUACAUUGAUCUCAAAUUGCACAAUGUGUCGAAGGGAAUAGUUUUGACUUUAUCUAUACGCAGAAAUGUCAUGAUUCUGCCCCGUGAAAGACUAGUGUACUUAUUUAUUUGAUUUACAUUCCUUGCGUAUCUGGUAAGAUUGUAUCUUCCUAGUGUGUACUUGCUUUUGUAUAUAUAGCGCUUAUCUUGCAACUCAAAGCGCUUUUAGCCCCUUUUCUCUUGUUACUUCUCUUCCAUUUCCUGUCUCUUGUUCACUUUAGUUUUUCCUAUGUCUCUGUGCUUGUCUGCACCUGUUCCAAAUGUGUUCCACCUGUGUUCAGUUUGCCCUGCCCACCUUGUUUAUGGUAUGUAGUGUCUGUGCUCCCAGUCCUCUGUCAGUUUGUCCUGUUUUGGUACCUGUCCUGUUUUGGUACCUGUCUGUACCUGUUACCCGGACACGGGCAGGGUGGAUACCAUUGGGAUGCUCGAGGCCCAUUUCAGUUGACUUUGUGCGCUCUGGGUCACCCCCACAAAGGGCCUGUGAAAUCAUUUAUGCUUGUGUGAUUCUCUACCUUUUUCUUAUUCUUUUAUUGUAUAUUUAUUUUUAUUUUUAUUUUUUUUCUUCUUCUUUCCUGAUGCCUUUAAUCUUAAAGAGUUAAUUUCCCCGGAGUUCUAUUUUACCUUAUCUUACAACAUUGCUGUAAUGAGAGCAGAACAUUGGCCUUCUGCACCAGAGGAUGAUUCUGAACAGCACAAUCCUGAUCAUCCUGCUGAUGCACGAGAUGACCCAUCACUUCCCUCCCUCCCUGACUAGUCAGCUAUUUUCUGCCACAACUGCUCAUGUUCAUUGCAACAAUAUCACCCUUUUUCUUUAAUAAAUGUUCAGAAACUG